UAAUCCACACGUUUUGUUUUUUGCGCUAUUCCUAUUACUUUUUUUCGACGUACACACGCGUUUUGUUUUUUUGCGCGAUUAAUUAAUGGCAAGAUGCGAGCAGGGAAAACGAGUGCGAAAAAUUAAAUAACGAGAAAUAAAGAAAAUAUAUUCGGGCCGAGCUAGUGUGCGUGCGUAUGCAUACGUGUGUGUGUGCAUUGUGUCUGUGUGGGCGUUUAUAAAUAAAACGCUGCGAAGCUGUGUGCGAAAAAGAGACGCGGAUAAAGAAGUAAAAGAAUGAGCGCAACCAAAAACAAGAGCGAAGGAAAAGAAAGUGUUUUUUAACGUUUAAAAGUAUUAAACUUAAAAAAUCGAAAAGGCGAAAGUGCAACAGAGCUAAAGAGAAAGAGAGAGAGCAAUAAAGAGCGAGCUAUCCUAUCCAAGAGCGAUCUGAUUUAUCAACCUGUUAAGCGAAGUGGAGUCCAAAAACCGAGUGCUUAAAUGGAUGCAACAUCAAUAAUCACGCAAGUUUCCCGCGACGACGAGCAGCUUAACGUCUAUCCCAGCUAUCCCAAUGACAAAGACGAUGUGGAUCGACUAAAGCCACAGAAGCGAGGAUUCAUCCAAUCUCUGCUUUGCUGUUGGCGACGAAAUCGAACGAAAACCAACCAGAAUGGCACACAAAUCGAUGGUUCAACAACACCGCCACCACUACCGGACCAACAAAGGUACCUACUACCUCAGGUUAGGCUCACCGAUAUGCACAGAAAGUGCAUGGUCAUCGAUUUGGAUGAGACCCUAGUGCACAGUAGUUUUAAGCCCAUACCGAAUGCUGAUUUCAUAGUUCCAGUGGAGAUCGAUGGGACCGUACAUCAGGUGUACGUUCUGAAGCGACCGCAUGUGGAUGAGUUUCUGCAGAAGAUGGGUGAACUGUACGAGUGCGUUUUGUUUACAGCAUCACUAGCCAAAUAUGCAGAUCCCGUUGCCGAUCUGUUAGACAAAUGGAACGUGUUUCGUGCAAGACUGUUUAGGGAAUCAUGCGUUUACUACAGGGGUAAUUACAUUAAGGAUCUGAAUCGUCUGGGGCGGGAUUUGCAAAAGAUUGUCAUCGUCGACAAUUCACCGGCCAGUUAUAUCUUUCAUCCAGACAAUGCAGUUCCUGUGAAAUCGUGGUUUGACGAUGUGACCGACUGUGAACUGCGCGAACUGAUCCCGCUCUUUGAGAAGCUUAGCAAAGUUGAUUCCGUCUACUCGGUGCUCUGCAAUUCGAACCAGCCGCUGAACAAUCAGACCAACCAGCAGCAUCCCCAGGAGCUGCAGCAGGCGCCGAACCAGCUGCAUCAGCAGCACCAACAGCAGCAGCAGCAGCAGCAGCAGCAGCAACAGACCAUCUCUGCCACGACAGUUAUUACACAGGCAACCACGCUGUCUGCCCCGACCAUGUUGAACCAGCAGCAGCCAAGUCCGCCCAGCCCACAAAGCGAGCUGCUGCAAAAGACGUAACAUCAGUGGGAACUAAUGUUUAUAAAUAUAUGAUAAAUUGUAUACAUAUUACAAGACCAAGCAAGCCGAUAAGCAAGCAAACAAACACACCCUUUCCCCUUUUCCCUUUACCCAUCACCCAUUAACACAGACCGAAAGUAAACGGGGGAGUGAACGAGGUGAAGCCAACUACCAUUUGCUAUAUACUAUAACCCCGCUCGACACCUAGACUAGGCAUAAGUUUUAUAUGAUAUACAUAAUUUUUACAGAACCCUAUUUACACGGCACCUUUGUUAUUUAUUCUUGUUUUGCUCUACCAAUUAUAAAUAUUAUUAUUUUUUGUGUUUUUUUUUUAAAAACAACUGCUAAUUGCUUUUUGCGUUUUGCGGUACCCCGCCUAAGGGGUAUAAUAAACCCAAACAUAAGCCUCUAUUUUUACCCAAUAAUCAUAACUGUGUAAGCGUAUUUAAUGGUAAACCAACUGAGCAAGCAAAAGAUUUAACUGCAUAGAAAACAAAAUUGAUAACAAUACAUAUGAGCAGAGAGAUAAAAUCAAAUUCAAAAUAGCUAUAUUUAUAUAUAUUUUUUAUUAAAAAAACAAAAACAAAAAUAAAUAGGAGUAAAGGGAGGCGAAGCGAAAACAGAAAAGAAAACUUAAAACAAAAUAUAUAUAUAUAAUAUGAGUACUAAAAGAAAUUUAUAUAUACAUACAUGGAUAUAUAUAUAUAUAUUUAAGGCAUGUGUCUACACAUGUUUAUAGCACUAAGGCAUGUAUAAUAUUUCGUAUAUUUAUUAAACAUUUAAGUUUAUACGCGGCCUCCUCCCACUCACGCUUGAUCGCUGGCACUGGCAAAUGUCAAAGUUGGUAUAUCGGGUUUAUUGCGCGGAUGGCUUCGUCUUAUCACAUUCUGGUUUCCUGAAAUGUCUGUCAAUCUUGAGUGGUUGGGCCGCGUGUAAACGGGUUUAAGUUGCAUUGCAAGCGGGUGAAAAUGGGCUAUAUCUGUAAGCCACUUUGUAAAGCAUCUAAAAGUCUGCGGCGCGUCCGUAGUUAAUAUAUAAAGAACCGCUGACACUGCGCUUGUCUCUGGCCCAAAGUCCCGAAUUUCCAUUCGAUCCGUUUCUCUACUCAUAUUCAAUCCGAUUUGGAAUCAAGAUAAGCCCACGUCAUGGCGAAAAUUCGAAUUUCCGGCUUUGGGACUCGGACAGGCGCAGUUGCAAAACAUUGUACUAGGCUUAAAUGAAAAUUAUACAUCUCUAUAUAUUUUACCCAAUUUAUGUUAAUUUCCCUUCUUAUCAAGUGCGCUUAUGAAACGCAUUGCAAUAUAUAUUUACGUCUACUUUAACCCCUCUUCGACUUGAACUUAACCUUCGGCCGCGCGUUCUGUAUUCUGUGUUAGCAUGUGAAAACGGCAAUCGAAUGUAAACGAUGAAACACCUAUAGCUUCUUUCAACUCCGACCAAAUAUCAAUCAUUAUAUAGUAUAUAUAUAUAUAUUGAGCUCAAGCUGGCCACGCCGAAAUCCCACCUGAUAACUAUAUAUUAUAUAGACAAAAGACGCUAUUGCUAUCCAAGCCACACACACACACACGACACGCUCACAGACCAGUCCAUAGUCCAGAUCUUCUUUCAAUCUUUAACUCUAUAUGUAAUAUCUAUGUCCGUACUUCUCAACUAACUUUUGCAACAAUUCGUUUAUUUAGUGCAUAAGCCUUUGUGUUUUUAAUUUGCUUAAACUAAAAAUAACAAUAUUGAAAGGAAACUAAAAUUGGCACGUUGCAAACGCGCAAUAUUCUCAUAUUUUUUGCAAUCAAGCAAGUAAAUUAUACAUAAUGCUAAUAUAAUAUAUGUAUAAUAUAUCAUUUACACCCCGCUGCAAAAGUCUAAAGCAAAAGCUAAACAACAAGGAUUGAAACUAAUUACGAAAUUGAAAUGUAAAAUGCGAUAACGUGUUUUAAUUGCGUAUAUUUAAAUGUUUUACUUUUAAUAAAAGCAAAACAAAAAACCAAUCGAUAAAACCAUUUAACUUAAUUUAUCAUAAAAGGGAAGAAAUUCUAUUUUUAAAGUGAGCCUAUAAAUGUAAUGCAUCAAUGUCGAGAAAAAAAAGAAUUAAAAAACAAAAAAUUUAAAAUCUACAAUUAUUAUGUCAUCAAACAAUAAAAACAAAUUAAAACCCAA